AGCGUACAGAGAAACCUGGCGAAACUUACUGAAUUGCUGGUGACUGACUCUAAAAAACAGUGGUGAAAGUUUUGUUUAGUCAAAAUUCGUAACAAAAUAACAUUGCCGACAGGAAGUACUCCAUUUAAUACGUUGAAACUGAAAAACGGUUUGCCGUUCUGGUUUUACACGUGCAACAUGGCUGGAGGAAAUCGUAAAUAUGGUAAGAAAGAUGGGGAUCGUUACGAUGGAUCAAAAAAAAAAUUUGCCGGCAAGAAACGUAAAGAAUUUGAAGAUGAAGGAAAUUACGACGAAGGAAUCCCUGAUGGAAAUGAAGCUGAAGGUGUACCUGAAGCUGCAAAGCAUAACAUAGAAACUGAAGGCGAGAAACAAGGAGAGGAUGAAUAUGGUGCAAAAGAUUACCGGGACUUGCAACUCAAGCCUGAUCACAUGUCCAGACCAUUAUGGGUUGCCCCGAAUGGGCACAUCUUUUUGGAAUCUUUCUCACCAGUCUAUAAACAUGCACAUGAUUUUUUGAUUGCUAUUAGUGAACCAGUCUGCCGUCCAGAACACAUCCAUGAGUAUAAGUUGACAUCAUAUUCAUUGUAUGCUGCUGUGAGUGUUGGUUUACAAACACAUGACAUCAUAGAAUACUUGAAAAGACUAAGUAAAACAGCAGUUCCAGAUGGAAUUAUUGACUUCAUCAAAAUUUCAACACUUUCUUAUGGCAAAGUGAAGCUUGUGUUAAAGCACAACCGCUAUUUUGUGGAGUCACAAUAUCCGGAUGUGAUCCAAAAAUUGUUAAAAGAUCCUGUGAUUCAAGAAUGCCGACUCCGUCAUAGUGUUGAAACAACUACUGAUGGGCUAAUCACCCAAGUGCAAUCUAAAGCAACAUCCAUUCAAUUUGGAAAAGGCACAUCAGGAGAGGAUGCAGCAGAAGAUGCAGAGGGAAGCAGCAAGCAAGUGCCAGAUGACAUCACAAAUUUCUAUGAUAAAAUGGAUAAAGACGAAGAUGAUGACGAUGACGGUUCCCUUCAAACGGUUGCAUUCGAGGUCAACCAGGAAAAAAUUGAAACUAUACAAAAACGAUGUAUUCAGCUAGAGUACCCUUUACUAGCCGAAUACGAUUUCCGGAACGACACUCAUAAUCAAGAUAUCAACAUUGAUUUGAAACCUGCUGCUGUACUGAGACCUUAUCAAGAAAAAAGUCUGCGCAAAAUGUUUGGAAAUGGCCGAGCUCGCUCUGGACUCAUCGUCCUACCUUGUGGUGCCGGUAAAAGUUUAGUGGGCGUAACUGCUUGCUGCACUGUUCGUAAAAGAGCCCUAGUUCUUUGCAAUUCUGGAGUUUCAGUUGAACAAUGGAAAGCACAAUUCAAGAUGUGGUCGACAGCUGACGAUAGUAUGAUCUGCCGUUUUACAUCAGACGCUAAAGACAAACCUCAUGGAUGUAGCAUUAUGAUCACCACUUUUAACAUGAUAACACAUCAACAAAAGCGAUCGUAUGAAGCUGAUCAGACGAUGAAAUGGCUUCAAGAACAAGAGUGGGGAAUCAUGGUUCUAGAUGAAGUGCACACUAUCCCAGCACGCAUGUUUCGUCGUGUGCUGACGAUUGUACAAGCUCAUUGCAAGCUUGGUUUGACAGCUACUCUCGUUCGUGAAGACGACAAAAUUGCAGAUUUAAAUUUUUUAAUCGGACCAAAGUUGUACGAAGCUAAUUGGUUGGAGUUACAGAAGCGCGGAUUUAUUGCUCGUGUGCAGUGCGCUGAAGUGUGGUGUCCUAUGAGUCCCGAAUUUUAUCGCGAGUAUCUCGCAUGCAAAUCGGCAAAGAAAAUGCUGCUUUUUGUCAUGAAUCCUAACAAAUUCAGAGCUUGUCAAUUUCUUAUCCGCUAUCACGAGCGGAGGAAUGACAAAAUCAUCGUCUUUUCUGAUAAUGUCUAUGCCCUCAAACAUUUUGCGCUUACGAUGAACAAACCGUUUAUUUAUGGCCCAACUUCACAAAAUGAAAGGCUUCAGAUUCUUCAAAAUUUCAAACUCAAUCCUAAAGUCAACACCAUCUUUGUCAGUAAAGUCGCCGAUACUUCAUUUGAUUUGCCGGAUGCAAAUGUUUUGAUUCAGAUCUCCUCGCACGGUGGCUCACGUCGUCAAGAAGCCCAACGCCUUGGUCGUAUUCUGCGAGCAAAAAAGGGUGCCAUUGCGGAGGAGUAUAACGCAUUUUUCUACACCUUAGUGUCACAAGACACUAUGGAAAUGAGUUUCUCUCGUAAACGCCAACGUUUUUUGGUGAAUCAAGGCUAUAGUUACAAAGUCAUCACUCGCAUGGCGGGAAUGGAUCAAGAUCAAGAAUUGCAUUAUAAGACCAAAGAAGAGCAAACCAAGCUAUUGCAACUAGUCCUUACUGCAUCCGACAUGGAUGCUGACGAGGAACGUGUUCCAGGCGAAAUUGGAGGUCGACCAUCCGCGUUCGGACGUCGCACUGGAACUAUGGCUUCGAUGAGUGGUGCUGAUGAUGCAGUGUACAUGGAGUACAAACGCCCGUCAGCUUCCAGUAACUUAUCUAAACACCCUUUGUUCAAAAAAUAUCGCAUGAAGUAAUGGUGUCUAAAAUAAGAAAAUGUGAUCCUUUGAGAUGGUGAAUUAUCUUGAAUAAAGGUCUGAAGUGGUUUGUGAUAA